CUCUCCCUCUCUUCCUCUCUCUCUCUCUCUCUCUCUCUCUCUCUCUCUCUCUCUCUCUCUCUCUCUCUCCUCUCUCUCUCUCUCUCUCUCUCUCUCUGUGCAUGUGUAUGAAAAUGUCUUUGUCCAUCACAGCUUGCUUACCAGACCAGCGCAGACGCCCUCCAAGUGUGACUUCCUCCAUAAAUUUAGAAACGAACAGCGGCAGGGAAAUGAAGUACACAUUUCAGUCAGAUGAGUGCAUGGUCAUCACUAUACCUCUGGGCAGUCUCAGAAAUGCUCAGGAGGGCCAGCUGAUGCCUGACAACUUCCACUGUGUCUUCAAAGAUGUCUACAAGGUCUUCCUCAAGGGUCAGCCUAAAGCUCUGGGGGCGGCUCAGCUCAUUGCUGGAGUCCUUCUCUUGAUUCUGGGGCUACUGUUUGUCCAGCAAAGCAAAUUAGUUCUGAUCUUCACCGUGCCCAGUGUCCUGUUUGUUGUUGCUGGAAUGCUGACCUAUGCUGCAGGUCAUUCUCCAAGUAUGUGUGUGACCAAACUGUCAUUUUCCUUGAACAUUGUCAGUUGUUUCUGGACAGUAGCUGCUGUUGUUCUCUGCACUGUCCCCGCCUCUCACGGUUUCCACGGGGACCAUCAAGAGGUAUUUUCUGGUAUCAAAUGGAUGAUUGUAGUUCUCCUGGUCAUUGAACUGGUUGUUUCCAUGGUGGCGAUCUACUGGGAGAGUAAAGCCGUGUGCAGACAGCACUUCAACAUUCUGCCCAUGGUCACCCUGAAGCAAGAGGUAUGAACCUGAAGAACUGGCAGCAAACAACAAAUAACUAAGUGAAAUAAUGAUUAAUCUUGUAUGACAUUUGUUUUACUUGUGCCAAUUCACAAGUCACAAUUCACAAGUCACAAUUCACGGACCUCCCGGUCGCGGCCGGUUUACGACAGAGUCUGGGCGCGAACCCAGGGUCUCUGGUGGCACAGCUGGCGCUGCAGUACAGCGCCCUUAACCACUGCGCCACCCGGGAAAAUAGUGAUAUUUUGACACUGUCUCAAAAGUGCAAAUAAGGAAAUUAAUUACAGAAUAUUAUUUAGAAAUACGUUUCUUCUACUGAGAAAUAGUAAUAACGUUGCAUACCAUUUUUUUGUAGCAGUUUGUCAAAGAGAAAAGCUACUAUCAUGACAGAUGUUUUACUUACAAUUGCAUUAUGCAAUAUGACAUUUUAAAAUGUAGGUUAUAUUUUCAUCUGACUUGUAUCUGAUUUAAAUUAAUUUAAACAUGUAUUGUUUAAUGUCUUCUUUUUGUAACAAUAGACCUGUAAUUCCGUUCCUUCCUGAUCACAUUGUCAUGAUAAUACAGCUAUAUUUUAUGCACCAAAGCGAACAGAAUAUUUUCCAACCAACUAUAGGACUUAUUAAACUACAAAUGAUCACCA